ACAGGAUGGAUUUACAAACUGUCAAAAAUUGAAUUGCAAGAAUACUUGAAUAAGCUUAAAAUCACAUUCGAUGAACAGCAAACCGUCGACGAAUUGCGACAAAUAUUGGUAAAAUAUUGCAAAAAGAAACAAAAUAUAAACGCGAGCCAACCCAAAAUGUCACACGCACACAUAACCCAUUUAAAUCUUCAACCAUUUGAUGGCACUAAAUGGGAAUGUUUUGAACAACAAUUAGAAUGCUAUAUUGCAUUGAAUGACGUGCCACAGGAGAAAAAAGUGCCCCUGUUGUUAACAAAAAUAACACCUCAGGUUUUCGAAAUUUUGACGUCUCUGUGUAACACAAAAAAACCUGCAAGUCUCUCUUAUGUUGAGCUUACUACAAUUUUGAAAAACAAAUACGUACCAAAAAAGUCUAUUGUUUUGGAACGUGCGACGUUCCGAAGUCGGAAUCAGCUUCCAAAUGAAAAAAUAGAGGAUUAUGUUACAGAACUUCGGAAGUUAGCUAGCAAAUGUCAAUUCAAGGACUCCGAGGAUCAAUUAAAAGAAAAGUUCAUCGACGGUGUGCAUUCCAAACUCAUUAAAUUUGAAUUACUAAAAGCGGAUACAAGUCAGACAUUAGAAGAUUACAUUACUUUGGCUAGAACGGUAGAAGCGGCAUUAAAAGAAACAGGGCAGAAGGCAGAAGUGGAAGCUAAUGUUUACUAUCAGCAAACUAACAGAAACAAAUCAUUUCAAGGUAGACCAACAAGAGGGAAGCCAAGCAUGAAUAAAGCUACUAGGUGUUUCUGCUGCGGUGGUCACAAUCAUCUGCGUUCAGAGUGUACGCUGCGCCAAAAAUAUUGUUCGGAAUGUGGUCAACAAGGACACAUUUUUAAGGUCUGUCCCAAGAAGAAGAGUUUCAAAAUUAACUGUAUAGAAAAAGAGGAAACCGAGGAUAUCUCAGAAAACCAAAAAAUGGAUGAGUACCAAAUGUACUAUGUAAAUAAGCCAGAGCUGCAAUAAAGGAAAGGUUCGCAGAAGUAUUUAGUGAAGGAUGGGGAAAUUUUAAAGGUGAAACCAUCAGCCUUAAAUUAAAAAAGGAUGCCAAACCAAAAAGCCUGCCGGUACGCCGAGUUCCAUUUGCACUUCAAGACAAGGUAAAAGCUGAAAUUUCUAGACUUUUACAAAAUGGUAGAAUUGAACCCGUGGAGACCAGUGAGUGGGGUACACCUGUGGUUCCAAUUUUAAAGGGAGAUGGUUCGGUAAGGUUAUGUGGAGACUACAAAUUAACCGUCAACCCACAUUUAGAGGUGGAUCACUUUCCAUUGCCUCAUAUAGAAGAGAUAUUUAAUUCCCUUAAUAAUGGAAAAUACUUCUGCGAGCUGGACCUGAAAGAGGCGUAUCAUCAGGCACCAUUAGACGAAGCCUCAAAAGAUUGUACAGUUAUUGUUACAGAAGUGGGCACAUUCAGGUAUAAUUAUCAUCCUUAUGGUGUGAGCACAGGACCAGGGUCAUUUCAGCGGCUCAUGAGUAAAAAAUUAUCAGAUAUUCCAAAUACUGCUGUAUUUAUAGAUAAUAUUUAUAUUAGUGGUAAAGAUAUCCAGGAUACAGUAGACACUUUAUCUAAGGUUUUAGAGAGGUUACAACAAAGUGAAUUUAAGUUAAAAAUACAAAAAUGUUAAUUCUUUGAAAAA